UUAAUGCUUUCCAAUCGUUUCUGAAAAGUAUCUUUGUUACUUUUGUAAACCAUGUUAUGUUUAUUUUGUAUAAUUCUUGGGGGUCAUUUGGGAGGGUGUAUAAGAACAGUGUCCAUUGCCGAAUAAGAUGUAUUAGUAAUGUUGGUACUAGUGAUAUUGAUAAUUUUCUCUUGCGCACUGUUUGCUUUGUUAUAUUAGAAAUAACAAGCAUUAUAUGAUUUUUUAAAAAAAUUGGUUGUUUACAGAAGUACCUACCACAAAAUACCAUGUGGGAAAAGACUUUGAUGGAUAAUCAUUCUAAUGCAUACUAAUGUAUGUAUAAGAUUUUUUUGCAUUGCUAAUACCAUGGUUUGCGAUAUGUUAGUUAUAAGUAGCAUAUAAUUCCUAUGAAGUGUAUGACUAAUCGAUGUGUUGCCGAUUCAAGUGAACAACCGCAAUUUUCCUUUUCCAAGUAGCUAUUAUCAUAAAGAUGUUAUAACUAUGUCAAUCAAAUACUGUCUUAACCAUUUAAACAAUUUGGAUUUGGUUUGGUUUUGAAUUUUAAUUGGAUUAGGAAUUGGUUUUUAUCUAAGUUUUAGGCGGUUAGCGUGUAGAAUUCAAAUUCUAAUUUUUUGAAGCCAAGUAGGCUUCAAAAACCAAGAACCAAACCCAAAUAGGUUUGAAGUUUGCCUUUGGAACGACUCAUGAGCCCCUAUAAAUACCAAAGCCCACACCUUUCUCAAGCAUCCUGUUCUUCUCUCUUGAUCCUAGUUAAAAAAAUAAAAUAAAAACUUCCCUCAUGGCAUCAACAACAUUUGGAGACGAAUUUGAAGUCGACCAAAUCAAUGUGAUCUUGAAGUCUUCCGAUGGGGACGAGUUCGAGCUCAAAAAAUCCAUUGCCAUGAAGUACUCCUCGACAAUAAAAAAGAUGGUGGAACUUGAUGUUACUACUAGCAUCAUCCCAAUUCCCCAUGUUGAGACUGAGAAUCUAUUCAAGAUGGUCGAAUACCUCAAGAUGCACGGAACAGAGGUCUCAGGUUCAAACGAUGAUGAAGAAAUCAAGAACUACGACGAGAAGUUUGCAACCGCUAGCUUCAAAUCCCUUUUGGAAAUUGUAUGGGCUGCAAAGUACCUUGAGAUUAAAGGUCUGCACGUUCUUUGUACAGAAGAACUUGCUGAGAGGAUCAAGGGGAAAUCAUGUUGGGAGAUAAGCGCCACAUAUCAUUAUAUAACGGCUCAUUUCACUAGCGAGAAAGAGAAAGCAAUUUACAAAGAAUUUAAAUGGGCCUUGAGAGAAGAACGUUCAUAUUUUUUCUCAAUUCUUUUUCUUAUUGCAGUGUUUCUGAUCUUGGCUGCUGUUGGUUGUGGUGUUGUUCCAUUACGUAAGUUUUAGCUUUUUAGCCCUAGGUGGUAUUUUAGAUAUGAUUUUAUGUUAUUCAGAGUACAUCGUUUUCACGAUAUUAGUCAGUUUUAUAUAUUAAUAGCUAGUUAUUGUGUUCAAUUUUUGCCAAGCUUAUAUACUAAUAGCUACUGAUUUACUUAGAAUUUUGAACUCCAUAUAUAUAUAUGGAGUUCAUUGUUAUGUGAGUAAACUUUGCUUUGGAUUGAAACUUGCAUGAGCUGUUGACAAUCUGAUUUUAACCUUUUUUUUUUUGCUUUAGCCAAUAGUGCAGCGAUAGAAGUAUUAAUUUGUGUUCUGUGACAAAUCAAAAGGUUCAAACAAACAAAAACAAGCCCGUGUACUAAAGCUUCUCGAUAUGCAACACGUAUAGCUAACCUAAAACCACAACAUAUGUAGCUAAUGAAAACUCGAUUGCUUGGUUCCAAAUUAGAUAUGAGAAAGUAGUCACACAAAAGAUUUACAGUGCUACACAAAUUAGAUAUGAGAAAGUAGUCACCAAAAAUAUACAAGCUGCUAUGCAAAUUAAAUAUGAGAAAAUAGUCAAAAAAAAA